UUGUCCUUCUGCGCCUGCCGUAGUUGUUGAAAACAUGGCGUCGGACAGUGAUAGCGACGAGGAUUUUGUGACGUACGGAACGCCUUUGGAGCCUUUAGAAGAAGAUGAGCCCCUGAAGAAACCCAUCCCAUUACAUGAACAAACGGUUAAAGAUGAGAAGGGCCGAUAUAAGAGAUUCCAUGGGGCAUUCACUGGGGGGUUUUCAGCUGGUUAUUUUAACACUGUGGGCUCCAAAGAAGGAUGGACUCCUUCGACCUUUGUGUCUUCACGGCAGCAGAAAGCAGAGAAACACAAUGCCAGACCAGAGGAUUUCAUGGAUGAGGAGGAUUUCAGCGAGCACGGCAUCGCUCCCAGAGAGAUUACCACCAGUCAGGAGUUCUCAUCCGGCCACAGAGAUGAAACCAGGGAGAAGGCAAGAGCUGUCAAUGCUCAGGCUGCACUGAUCCCUGGAGACACUCUGCUGGAGGAACUGAUCGCACCUGCCCAGUCGUCCAUUGGGGUGGAGCUGCUGAGGAAGAUGGGCUGGAGGGAAGGUCAGGGGGUGGGGCCACGUGUCAAGAGGAAACCUCGCCGGCAGCAGCCUGAUAAUAGCACUAAACUUUACGGAUGUGCGAUGCCACCGGCUGGUUCAGAGGAGUCGGAGGAUGAUGAGGAGGAGUUUGCUCCGGAGAACGUGACCUUUGCUCCCAAAGAUGUGACUCCAGUGGACUUCACCCCCAGACUCGGGCUUCAGGGUCUCGGGUACAGCGGUCUGGACCCAGGUCUGGCGUUACUGGGUCAAGGAGCAUCUGAACACAUCAACCUGUUCAAUCCACAGUCUGAGACGAGAGGUCAGCUGUUUGGAGACAAACAGAAACACACACGAAGAGGAGGCGUCGCUGGACAGGCGUUUGGUGUUGGGGCACUGGAAGAUGAUGAUGAAGACAUCUACCACAGAGACUCCAUGUCCAGAUAUGACACAGUCCUCGGAGGGGAGGAGCCUGGAGACGGACUGUACGGUUGGACAGCACCACAGCAGUACACUAAGAGAAAAGAUAAAAACAAGGAUGCAUUGUACCUUGGAAAAAUCCUGGAGGGAUUCACUCUGGCCCAAAAACCAGCUGAGGAAAAAACAAUCUUCCCUCCCCCUAUCCUGCCCAGAGACUACCGUCCAGUCCAUCAUUUCCGCCCGGUGAUCCAAGUGUCGAGGCUUUCCGGAGUAAGUCCAGCGCUGGCCGAGGCUCUGAAGUCCUCCAGAGGUCACAUGACGAAGGAUGAGCCCCAGCAAGAAGGACGGCACCAGCUGGACUCCGGCCAGAGGAGGACGCUCCUGGGAGAGGAGACACUACAAGGUCCCACUUCAGUCAUGGAGCUGCUGAGGCCUGAGGACAGGGAGCGACUACAAAACAUCCGCAACUCCUCCAACCUUCCUCCCACCAAAACCACAACCUCCCAAACCUCCCAUGAAGCAUUGCGUCCUGCUGGUAUGUCUGCAGGACCAUCAGCUCUAAGCGGUGUAAUGUCCUCCAGUGUCCAACAGCAGCAGCAGCAGCAGCAGCAGCAGCAGCAGGAGGCUCUGACGAUGUGGAGGGGAGUCCAGACCUCCUCUCAGACCUUCAAACCGUUUGAGAAAAACCCCAGCAAACAGGCACGAUAUGAACUGUACCUGAACCGCCUGAAACAGGGAGACAAAGAUGCCCUGGAGCAGAGUCUGGACCUUGGGAUGACAGAGUGGGAGCGCAGCAGGGAGAGGGAGGAGUUUGUCCGAGCCUCUAUCCUCUACCGACCCAGCUCUUCAUCACUCUCCUCUCGCUUCACCAGAGCCAAACACCAGGAGGAUGAAGACACUGUGGAGGUCAACAGGGACCAGGAGGGCGAUGUGGAUGAUAAACAGGCUGCAGUCAAGAUGAAGAUGUUUGGAAAACUGACCCGAGAAACAUUCGAGUGGCAUCCUGACAAGCUGCUCUGCAAGAGGUUCAAUGUGCCUGAUCCUUACCCAGGGUCAGGUGUGGUGGGUCUGCCCAAGGUGAAGAGAGAUAAGUUUUCAGUCUUUAACUUCCUGACGAUGACAGAGAACCGAGCCACACCAGCUCCUCCAAAGCCUGCAGAGUCGGGGAAGAAGUCGAGGUGGGAUGUUUCAGGUCAAACAGAGGACGAGGAGGAGAAGAAGGACCCACUGAGUGAGUUGCUCAGCGCUGCACGGAACCAAACCACUGAGACCAAACUGGAUCAAACCUCCUCACCUGCAGUAUCCACCUCAGUCAGCAGCGUCCAGCCCAGAGACUCCAAACAUGAGUCAGAGGAGCAGCCAAACCAAGAGAAGAAGAAAGAAGGUGAUGAAGAAGCAGAUGAGGAGGAAGAGGAGGAGAGCAGGCCUCCAAUGGACCUCUUCAAGGCUAUCUUCGCCAGCUCCUCCGAUGAGAAGUCCUCUUCAUCAGAGGGAGAGAGUGAUGAGGAGGACCAGAAGGAGGUUCAGGAACGAGCUGAUGCACUGACACCAAACCUUUUCAAUAUUACGCCCACAUCCUCCGUCACAUCCUCCACCAACACCAACACCACCUCUACAGCCACCAUGUCCAGCCAGCAGAAAGCAGCUGUAACAUCUCAGACGUCACAUGAAGAGGAGGUGUUUGGUCCGAAGCUGCCGCCUCCUUCAUCUGCCCUCAACAGAGGAGGCGCCACCUCUACCCACUCCUCCAGCGAGGAGGUGGAGAAGGAGAAACACAGCAAGAAGAACAAAGACAAGAAACACAAGAACAAGAAGGAGCACAAACACAAGAAGGAGAAGAAGAAGAAACACAAGAAACACAAACACAAAGGGAAGCAGAAGAAGAGCAAGAAAGAAGAUGAAAGCAGCUCAGAGGACAGUGACAAGGACAGUGAAGGUGAAAGAGGACCGGUGUCUACAGAGGAGCUGCUGAAAAGACUGAAGAAUGUACGGUCACAUCAAACAUGGUGAAUCAAAAGACGUGUCCUCCAUGAGGAUGAUAAACUCCAGAAUAAAACACUUCACUUUACCUCUGUCUUCUCUUAAUGCUACACUUUUGGCUGUGAAUUAGUUUUAAAUAAUAAAAUGUUUAUGAUAUGA